GCCCCCCCUAAUUCCCCCCCCCGCUCCCCUCUCCUUCCCCGGCCCCAUGGAGGUGCUGCCCGCGGGGAGCCGGAGGCCGGGGGCUCCGCAUCUCUCCUCCCCGACAAAGCCCUGAGCCGCUUCGCAGUCGCAGCCUUUGUGCACUGGGGCGGGUGGGCGCUCCCUGAGCCCCCCCCCCUCCUCCUCACUUAUCCUCGAGGAUAACGGAAAACGGAGAGAGAUGCUGCCCUCGCCGGAGGAGCCCGGAGAAGCAGUGCCCAGCACCACCUGAUGCUGACAUCCCACAAGACUUGCUGGAAUCCCACUCCUGCUCCAGCACUCCCACCCCACCAUGUGGAGCUGUGACCCCGCCAUCCAGCAUUCCCCAACCCAUUCUCCACUCCACCUGUCCGUCUGUCCCGCGCCAUGAGCAAUGCUGCACGGUUUCCCUGCAUUGUGGCACGUAGCUGAGGGAUGGCCUCGCUGGACCUGCCCUACAGAUGUCCGCGGUGCGGGGAGCACAAGCGUUUCCGCAGCCUCUCCUCACUGCGGGCACACCUGGAGUACAACCACACCUAUGAAACCCUCUACGUCCUCUCCAAGACCAACAGCAUCUGCGAUGCCGCCGUCUUCCCGCUGGCCGCCGACGGGGCCUUGUUGACACCGGCUGCCCGGCGGGACUACUUUGAGAGCACCUCUUUCCAAGGCAAAGAACAGCGCUUCUCCUGCGACCUCGUCCCCGCCGAAGAGUUGGAGCCGGCUCCAUCCUCCUCCCCUUCACCUCGUUAUGUCCACGAGAUUGAGAUCCCACUGACUGAGAUCUUCACCCGGGGCAAGGCUGUGGCUCCAGCCCCAACGCCGCCAGCCGCUAUGGAUGCAGCCUACGAGGAAGGCUUGGCUCGCUUGAAGAUCCGCGCCUUUGAGAAGCUGGAGGUGGACAAGAGGCUGGAGAAGCUGACGGAGGAGGUGGAGCAGAAGAUUGCCUCGCAGGUUGGCCGGCUCCAGGUGGAGCUGGAUCGCAAGAGCUCAGAGCUGGAGAAAGCCAAGCAGGAGAGCCUGAGGCUCAGCCGGGAGAAGCAGGAGCUGGAGGACCGUGCAUCUGAGCUGUCCCGCCAGGUGGACGUCAGCGUGGAGAUGCUGGCCUCGCUCAAGCAGGACCUGGUGCAGAAGGAGCAGGAGCUCACCCGCAAGCAGCAGGAGGUGCUGCAGAUCGACCAGUUCCUGAAGGAGACGGCCGCCCGCGAGGCCAACGCCAAGGUGCGACUGCAGCACUUCAUUGAGGAGCUGCUGGAUCGGGCGGACCGGGCUGAGAAACAGCUUCAGAUCAUCAGCAGCAGCUGUGGAACGACUCCAAACGGCAGUUUGGGACGCUGUGGAACACCAGGCGCUAAGGCUGCCGGCCGACCGGUACCCACGCGGGCACAGAGAGAGCGGCACCCAGGGCUGGGGGCAGCUGUGCAUGGCCCAUAUGCCAUUCCCAACCAGCGCUCCUCUUCCAGCACUGGGGCUUCGAGCCGGGCCAAAGCAGUGUCACAGAGCUCGGGCUGCUACGACAGCGACAGCGCAGAGCCGUGUCCCACCGACGACACCGCCGAUGGACAUCCUUACGCGGCACGGGACGGCGGCCGGGGCUCAGGGCUUCGGCGUCAAGCCAUCCAAAACUGGCACCGCAGACCCUACCGCAACAGCACGGAGGGUGAGGAGGGCGAUGUGUCCGACGUGGGAUCCCGCACCACUGAGUCAGAGGCUGAGGGCUGGGAGCCGGAGGUGCCUGGCAUCGCCGCAUCCCGGCCUGGUGGCAGCUGUCGGCUGACAGCCAGGUCCGAGGGGGCUAUGAGCAAGGGGGGCCGGCUGGAGAGGGGCAGCCCGGGUCACUCCAGCGAGGUGAUCAGCCCUGAGAUCCUCAAGAUGCGGGCAGCGCUCUUCUGCAUCUUCACCUACCUGGACACCAAGACCCUGCUGCGGGCGGCUGAGGUGUGCAAGGACUGGAAGUUUGUGGCCCGGCACCCAGCUGUGUGGACGCGGGUGUUGCUGGAGAAUGCCAGGGUCUCCUCUAAGUUCCUGGCCAUGCUGUCCCAGUGGUGCACCCAGAUGCACUCCCUCACCCUCCAAAACCUCAAGCCACGCCAGAGGGGGAAGAAGGAGAGCAAGGAGGACUACAUGAAGAGCACGCGAGGCUGCCUGGAAGCCGGGUUGGAGUCCCUGCUGAAGGCGACGGGCAGCAACCUGCUGAUCCUACGCAUCUCACACUGCCCCAACGUGCUGACCGACCGCUCGCUCUGGCUGGCCAGCUGCUACUGCCGGGCCCUGCAGGCUGUCACGUACCGGAGCUCUACGGACCCCGUGGGUCAUGAAGUCAUCUGGGCCCUUGGGGCAGGCUGCAGGGACAUCAUCUCUCUCCAGGUUGCACCUCUGCAUCCCUGCCAGCAGCCAACACGUUUCAGCAACCGCUGCCUUCAGAUGAUUGGGAGGUGUUGGCCACACCUGCGGGCGCUGGGCAUUGGUGGGGCAGGCUGUGGUGUCCAGGGCCUGGCAUCCUUAGCCCGAAACUGCAUGAGGCUGCAGGUCCUGGAGCUGGACCACGUGGCAGAGAUCAACCAAGAGGUUGCAGCAGAGAUGUGUCGAGAGGGGUUGAAGGGGUUGGAGAUGUUGGUGCUGACCUCCACACCUGUCACCCCCAAAGCCCUGCUGCAUUUCAACAGUGUGUGCCGCAACCUGAAGUCCAUCGUUGUACAGGUGGGCAUUGUGGACUACUUCAAGGAGCCCCACAGCCCCGAAGCCAAGAAGAUGUUUGAAGAAAUGGUGAACAAGCUCCAGGCCCUGAGGAAAAGACCUGGCUUCUCCAAGAUCUUACACAUCAAGGUGGAAGGAGGCUGCUAGACCUUCAGGGUACCACAAAGCACAUUCCCUCUCCUGCCCUGUGGAGCCAGAGGCCCUGCACAACCAAACCCACCACUGCUGCUCCUCCGUUGCCGCUGGAGCUCGGAGAUGCCAGCCCAUGCACAAAACCCCAAACUCUUGCAGGCCUUAGCGAGCAGCUGGCGCUCGCCCCAGGGCCGGCUCAUGGACGUGUCACGGACAAGAAGGUGCUACUUAUGGAAAUUUUCCAGCUGCCCAAAGGGGCAGGUCCAUGCUGUUACCCAGGAGGGAGGAUGGCUUCGAACCCCAUGGCUGCUCAUUGCCAAGGAUCCUUGUUUGGGAAUGCCUUUUUCUUGGAACUCUCUUUUUUGGGGGGCUGUUUGUUGGCAUGGAGGCUGAGGAUGGCCCAGCUCAUCCGAUGGGGUCUUUGCAGAGCGCUGUGCUCAACGAAUCACCACUGGAGUGUCCUUGUUCCUUCCAUGGGCCGGUGGAUGUGGGGAGGGAAGGGCCACUCCUGCAGGGCUCCCAUUCACUUUCAUUUCAUUUAUUUGAGAGGAGAACCCAAACGUGGGUAAAUGCUGCCCAGAACCAGCAGCUACCACAGCACAAGCCCGGAUAGCAGAGCUGCAUCCUGGAGCUGUAGGAGCCAGAAGACACUGGGAACAAUGGUUGCUCUCCAGAGAUCUCCAUCCUCUCCACUCAACCCUUCUGCCAAGGCAAUAAACCAACACACCCCACAUCCUCAUCCACCAGGAAACAUGGAUCACUCUCCUGUCCCCAUCAACAUCCACCACUUGCUCUCUGGAGCGAGUUGUUGUGUGCAGAGAGGAACUGGCCUGGGAUUCGUCUUUGUCACCUCAUCGGGCAGCUUGAAGGAGAAACCUUGGCCAAAUAAUCCUGACAUCCAAGGCAGCUGGUUGAAGUACCAGCCCAACUGCACUGGCAGAGCCCAUAUCUAUAUCCACAGCUUAUUUUAUUUGUUUUUUCCUUCUGGCUAUCUUCUUCCUUUAAGGAUGUUACCCCCUCUCCCCUCAAACACUCAUCUUUUUUUUCAAAGGAAAAAAGGCUCUUGAAAGGCAACCAACAGGGUAAGGCGUCUCCAUCCUCUGCCCUGGUGAGAAGAUGCCAAAGGUCCCCAGGCCAUGGGGAGCACUUGUCAGAGCACUGCCAGCAGCACGGACAUGUCCUUAACCACAGCUCCCUGCCACCCCACGCCCCGACUAGGUGUGCUCAGAAGCUGAAAGAAGCCAACUGGGAAGAAUUUUCCUCUUCUCCUGGGACACUGCUGAAAGGUUUUGGUGCCUGUUGGCUACAGUGCUGCCCAUGGUGCAUGCGUGGCUGGGAGGAGCCAGCUCUUCCCAGAGCAUCUCCCCAUCCUGCUGGGUGAUGGGCUGCCGUGGAGCAUCUAUAGACUUAUUUUGGACCACCAUCCUCAACCACAUCAUGAAAGCAUCAGACCUCAGCCUGGAGCUCCCACCAUGCUGGGAACCAAUAGGAACCCUGAAAACACCCAAAUCACCGAGGCUGGUGGUGGGCUGGGGGCAGCUGCUGCCUCUCCAACCCCAGAAGACCAUUCCACCCACUCCUCACUCCAUCCACGUCGUCCCCCCCCAAAGCAGGGUAGGGUUGCAUGCCUUUUUUUGGCUGUAACCCCUGAUUUGAAGCACCUGAAGUCCCCCACUGACAGCGGCCUUCCAGGAGAAGGCUGCUCCCUGUACGCACCAAACUCGGGAACCCAAAAACUGCCUGUGAGAAACUACCACGUCCUAGGGACAAGAUCCACCAGGGGUUACCUCCACUCCAGGGAGGCCUGGACACGCAUAUUCCAGGGGCAGAAAAAGCAAGGGAUGCCUUGACCAGCAAAAAAACACCAACCACCAAAGCUUUGGCCCUAUGUGCCACUUUGUCACCAUCCCACGAGCGUGGCCCCGGUGGAGGUAUCACCAUUGGAAGCGACGCAGAGACUUUGUGAAAUCCCCUUUAAAAGAAACAAAGUAAGUAUUUAUUUCUAUAAA